ACGUUUUGCGCGUUCUAAGCGCGACACAUCGCGACCACGGUAGCAUCGAAUCACGAAACGCGUUUUACUCGAUUGAUCCGCGACCAAGAGCACGCCUCGUGGAUUCCUCGGCGUGAACUUUGUACAGAUUUCACGUUUUCGCCGUGCGAGCCAGUGAGAGUUAUCGAUUGCGAACGAACGGUGGUGUCGUUUAACAGAGCUUAUAGAAGCAUACUCGGCACGCAGCCACGACGAACGGGUAAGCGACAAAGUAGGAUUCGCAUCGCGCUACCGCUACUUCGACUUCCGAACGUCAUGUUACGUCGUGAACACGACGUCGAGGAUUGUCGAGGGGUGCCAAAAUCGGACUGACAGUUGAGCGAUAACUCACACCGAGAGACUCACGUCCGAUCUUGGGAUCGUGAAUAGCGUAAACACACAGUGACAGUAUAGAUGCAUAUACGUAUACCACUGUUUUUAUAGUAAUUUACAUAGAUAAUAAUUAUCAAUUUUCUCACACACAUAUAUACACGCGCGCGUACACGUACAGGGCAGUUCUGGAAAAGGUGGUGUGUAUUUCGGAGUAUUUGAGCAACUAGUGACUUCUCCGACACUCGAGAGAUCAAGAUGAAGAUUGGAUUAUUGAAGAAUUUUUUGCAUUACUUCAAUUUGAGACAAGGAACAAUACUAAUCGCCAUAUUCCAACUGUAUGAUAUUCUUCAUUCUGGCAUUGGCGCACGCAAUGGGAAUUCAAGAAAUGGUGGUAAGGGACACCGAGGAUGCUCUCGAGAGAGAGGCUUUGGAGGAGAUAUCGUCGAACCAUCUCAAUACUAAAAAGAUGGACCUCGCGCAUCACAACGCAACCGAAAUGGUAUAUGCAAUGUACUGCGGCCUCGUCAUCACGAUUAUCCACUUUAUCUCUACAAUGUUACUCCUCUAUGGAGCUCUCACGAGCAAUCGUCAUUUUAUGGCACCUUGGAUGAUGGUCAAGAUCACCAUCAUAUCGGCUUUAGUGAUCUCACUAUUCCUAGUAGAGGAAGACUGUCCUUUCAUUGCCAUUUUAGGCGGGAGAGCUGGUAUUUACGAACGUCUAAUCGCCUUUUUCCUGAUAAUCAUGAGCUUUUAUGUCUGGUUCGUGGUAUAUAGUGCUUAUAAGAGCCUCGAGACGAAGAAGGGGCUGACGCACGAGGUGCACGGUGUAAAAAGAAAAUACGCUGUUCCGGUGCCGUUGGAAGCUCCAAAGGCGAUCCAGGUCUCGGCGAACAAGCCGUACGAGCUUUAAAAAUAUUAUCACAACGAAAAGACGAGGUAACGGGAAACUCGUUCCAACUUGACUAACGAGGAUGAGGCCGAAAUCUCAUGGUAAAUUUGGGAGAUCGAGGAGAGAUCACAGUUUCGGACGUCGUAAGUCGUAAGUCGUAAGUCGGAACGGCAAUGUAGAGACGAGUGUAAAAUUCCGACAAAUAACAUUGCGCCAUCUCGAAAAGGAAAAGAAAUUCAUUAAGAGCAACCGCAAGGUUUCGUAAUAAAAAGUAUAUAGUUAAACUACAAGGAUUUUAUUGUACAAAGUUCACAACAGGUUCUGCAAAAGGGUCGUGCUUUUCAUACUUGUCUGCUAGUUUUACAUCUCCCUCCGCUAAAGUUAAGGCGAGUCUUUUAACUCGGCGCACAGAUACUAUUAUAGUAUCGUAUUUGAACGAUUUAAUCGGAAAACUGCAUCUCCGCAGUACGCACGUACGUACUAGAUUAAUCCGUUGUCUGCUGUCAGCGUUCUGGCGGAUUUUGGCAGAUUUGACGCGACAAUUCCAAAAUUAAUCUCACUGCUAUACGCGUAUGAGGCGCGUUACCUUUCAUGCGCAAGACUGAAUUUAGUACAUGGUACGCGCUCGGAAGGUCGAUGCAACAACACUGACGAAUCGUAAAUGUCAGGAGAGAAAUAACAGCGGGACUCCGAGUCGUGACAUCAUUACUUUUAUUUCGUAUCUGUCGUCCAACUCAAGUUUCUUUUGUGAAUUACAAUUCUUGUUACUUGCGGCAAUAUCCCGAUAUAAAGUGUAGCAUCACUUGCGUAUAUGCAUAUUAAAUGUAUGGAAAAACAUGAAAAUAAAAAUUACAAUACUCUUACGACG